GCACUCACUCGCAAAGCAACAACCCUCACCAUGUCCUCCUUCACAAGCGUGAGUGCGCAAGGCCCCGCCGGUGAUGCCGGCAGCGGCCCGGCGCCCGGCGAGGCACCGGCCGACGAGGAGCACGGCGGCCGCGGCCACCACAGUCUGCUGCUGAGCAAGGGUGUGGGCGGCGGCGGCGCGGGCGGCGGCCAGCAGCUGUCUGAGUUCCUGCGGCGCCACACCGCGGAGGCCGCAGCCACCCUGGGGCAGCUGGUGCGGCUGGGGCCGCAGUCGGGGCCGCAGGAUUGCAUGGGUCAGCCCUCGGGUCUGCUGCCGGUGUCGGCCCUGCAGGCGUGCCAGGCUCUGAUGUUCCUGCGCACCACCAAGGGCGGCCUGGGUCUGUCGUACAGCCACGGCAGCGGAUUCCUCAUCAACAAGAUCCGUACAGACAUGGUCACACACCCGCCCACCGCCACAACCACCAGCCCCAGCCCCAGCCGCCGCCGCAGCGCCGGCGGUAGUCACGGCGGCGCCGCCGGCGGAAACGGCGGCACCGGUAGCGGUGGCAGUAGCAACAGCGGAGCCGGAGCGUCAGCAGGUGGCAGCGGCAGCAACCCUAGCUGGAACACUGGCGCAGCCGGGGCCGCAGGCGGCAGUAGCAGCAGCAGUAGCAGCUACGCCACGCCGGCGGCUGCGGCUGCUGGCGGCGCCUGGACUGAGGAGGCGGUGCCGGUAAUCCAUUGGUCGGCGCCCGCCUUCUACUCGAUGGACAGCCUGUCGGUGGGGCUCACAGUGGGCCUGGAGCACACGCACAGUGUGCUGCUGCUGUGGGACGAGGGCACGGUGGAGCGCGUGAAGGCGGGGCGGGCGGUGCUGGGCACAGACGUGCACGUGAUGGUGGGGCAGCGUGCUGACGCGGAUGACGCCAGCGGUGACGCCGCCUCCGGCGACCCCGGCGGCCCCCGGCUGGUGCUGAGCGGGGUGGGCAGCCGUCGUGGAGGGGGAGGACUGGUGGGCGGAGGCAGUGGCGGCGCGGUGGGCAGCUCACUGCUUGUGCCCGGGGCCUUCGAGCUGCCCCUGCACAUCGCAUCACCCGGAGGAGGAGGCGGCGGCGGCGGCGGUACGAACAGCGGCGGCAAUAGUGGCGGCGGCAAUGCCGGCGGCGGCGAUGGCGAUGACCAGGCAGCGACGACAGCGGCAGCAGCAGCGGUAGCGGCUGGCCAGGAGGGCCCCCAGCAGCAGCACCAGCAGUCGUCCCCUCAUCAGCACCACGGUGGCGGCGGCGGUGGCGGCGGCGGCGGCGGCGGCGGCGGCGGCGGCGGCGGGCUGGUGCAGCUAUUCAGUCGGGCCAUGGUGUCGGGCCGUAGCGAGGAGGACAACGGCGGCGGCAGUAGCAGCAGCGGAACCGGCAGCGGCAGUAGCAGCGGGGCAGGAGCAAGAGCAGGUGCAGGAGCAGGAGCAGGCGCCGCCGGCAGGAAGGGAGUGGAGGGAGUGGCGGCGGCGGCUCCGGCGGGACCCGAGGCCCACGGCGGCGGCGGCGGCAGCAGCAGCGGCAGGAUUGGCGGCGCCGCCGGCAGCAGUAGCAGGGGCGGCGGGGGAGCGGGGGGCGGAGGGGCUGGGGGAGGGGGUGUCAGCGGGGGCGUGUCUACCAUCAGCAGCUACACGGUGUACGACGGGGCGCUGCUGGACUUCAGUCUACUGGGCGGCGCGCUGCAGCCCGACGCCCGCCACAACCGGGCUGUGUACGGCGAGAACGUCAGCCUGGACGACAUAGUGCACGGCAGGGUGUCGCCGCCCGAUGAGUUUGGUCCGCUGUACAGCACCCUUCGCAUGCUGACCUGCAGGACGCGGCAGCAGCUGGCGGCGCUGUAGGCAGUAGCGCUAGCGGUCGGCAGUAGCAGUCGGCAGCAGCGGUAGUGCUAUUAGGGCUGCAGGGUGGGUAGGUGGCGCUGCCGCGCAUAACGUGGGCUGCUGCUGCGGCGUGGAUUGCGGGUGUUGGCUUUGACCUCACGGACAUGGACGACGACGUA